AUGGGCUCUGUAAAAGGGAAUUUGCAAUUUCUAAAGCGCCUCGACCUCUACCAGAGGGAGGUACCAUUUCAAAUCUUCAUGCCCAUACCCGAAGAUGCAGAGGACCCACGGCCAGACAAUCUCGAAUUUGAGGCCAAAGAACACUUGAUUGAAGAUAUUCGCGACACGAAUGAGAAUUUCACUCUUGACAGCCAUGGCUUCGAACAUCUGACAUGUCCGCCAAGUUGGGUUCCAACGAGCACGUCUACUCGGCAAGACGUCGAGGCGUUCUAUCUUCCGGACGUCGAGAACCUUAUAAAGACUCAUGUUGAAGACGUCGACGAAAUAUUCUUCUUUGACUGGCGAUUGCGAGACGCCGAUCGGACGACGACGGAUGUCGAGGUAUUGGAUUUAAAUGAUCCGACCGCUCGGAUAAGGCCAGCCACGCACGUUCACAUUGACCAAUCGCCAGCCAGUGUCGUUCACCGAACGAAAUUACAACUGGCUGACCACGCAGAGUAUCUGCUUCAGGGCAGAGUACGAAUUAUCAAUGUUUGGCGACCGCUGGAUCACACUGUCCUGGACUAUCCUCUUGGUGUCUGUGAUGGCAAGAGUGUCGACGACAAGGACAUGCUAGAAUGUGACGUUGUGCGACGCCGAUUCAUCGGAGGGACAGUUUAUCUCUGCUAUAACGAGAACCAGAAAUGGCAUUACUUGAGCAAUCAGACUUGUGACGAGGUGCUGCUGCUCAAGAUGUUUGACUCUGAGAGCAGCGUUGUUCGAGCCUGCCCGCACGCCUCGUUUCUACACCCGAGCGCUACGUUAGACACCCCAAAGCGAAAAAGUAUCGAGGUUCGAGCGCUUGUUUUUACGUACCCAGACAGACCUGGCUUGGAGACAUCAACCGCCAACGCGGUGUAA